AUGCUGACGUCGACGGAGGAGGCCUACACAGAGUACCUGGAGCGUCGGAUGGUGGCGGGCGGCGUGGAUGCCGCCAUCGUGCGCGUGACACUACAGCAGAUGGGCUUCGAUGAAAAGACAAUAGCAGCCAUGAUGGGGGACACCGGUGCCUACUCUUUGCCCUUCUCCAUGACCAGCAGCGCCUCCUCCACCACGUCCACGUCGAUCUCCUCAGUCAAGAAGCCGAGUCGAGCGUCCGGGUUCUCCGCCGCCACCUCCACCCCCUCGGCUCCAUCAGAGAUGGGGGAUACGGCUCAGUUCCACCGUGUCGUCACCACGCCCGUUCAGUCCGAUGCUGACACCCCCACCGCUGCUUCUGCGACUGCCACUCAGCUGACUCCAGCGCCUCCUUCGAUCGUUCAUGAGAGCAAGAACAGUGUAAGCGACGCAAAUCAUCCGUACACAUCGUCUCUCUCUUCCAUGGCUGCUGCCGCCGGUGCUGCUCCGUCACCCCCUUCCUCCACUGCUUCGUUGUCUGCGCCAUCGCGCACCUUGGCCGCAGGCACCGUUGCAGGGGCAGCGGAGGGUUUUGAUGUCGACCACCACUCUGGUGCGGUGCUCUCUUCGCGGAGCCAUGCUGAAUCAUCUGUGCGUGGGACGGACGUGAAACAGGACUGUGCGGUCACUCUUGCCUCUGGUACAUCGUCGUCCACACCUUCUGAGCCUGUGGCUGUGUCAGCUGAAGAGCACGCUCCGCUCACUGCCGCCGAGCGCAACAUUCUCGCAGGGUGGAUGCGCGAGUACCACGCACUCAUGCUAUCCCCAGCACUGCCGCGCCGAGCGCCACGCUCACGCGCCGACGCGACAUCUUCCUCGACGGCGCUUUUAUUGCGAAAGGAGACGCCAUUCGACGAGUUUCAUGCUCUCCCAUCCGCAGCCGCAUGCUGCGUGUGCAACGAGAGCGACGAGCACGGUGACGCCGGUGACGCCGGUGCCGCCUUGCACGACGGGAGUGCUGCGCCGCCACUGCAACGGUGGAGCGAAGGCGCCGCUCGCGUGCCGAGAAAGGUGGAAGACAGCGUCUCUUCUGUCGCCGGCAGCGAUGGAGCGACAUCCUCUAACUGCUCCGCUUUCGCCCGCACCGAAGGUGAACAUCCUCCCUACUUCAGCGAGGUGCUGCGCCAGGACGGCGCGAUCGUUGGAGGGAAGGCUCAGGGUGGAGUUGCAGACCCGUUUUCUGCGCGCCACUAUCGCUCAGCGUCUCAACCGCUCUAUCGGGCUGCUCGCAGUGCCGUACCGUCACCCAUUCGGCGCGCUGUCCCCAAAGCGAAAUCGUCCGUGUUUGUUCCAACAUGUGGCAUAGGUGUUCCUCGUUUCGCCGCCGGAUGUGUCCGCUGCAACUUCGACGUGGCGCAGUGCCGGCACCCGUAUCGAGAGGCACAGAAUGUGCGCAUCGUGCGUGCGUCUCACGUUGCCGUGACGAAUAAUGGGGGGUACAAUCACCGUAGGAUUGCCCAGUCGUGCUGUCAAGCUCGCCAGGUCGACGCGGCUCGACAAGCCCAGCAAACGGCUCGGGCGCAGCCCACGAGCGGCCGCCUUGCUCCCGUCAUGCACGCCCCUGUCGGAAUGACGGUGCAGCCGAGAGCCGGGCUGGCAAGUGGGCGGCAGAUGAGCACGCUGCCGGUCAAGGCCAUGACGGACCGGGUAAAGUUGGCGCAAUAUUACCGGUAUCAGUGGGAGGAGCAGGAACGACGCUCUAGUGCUGCAGGGAGAGGCGCCGCAUGGGAUGCCCGAUACGCGCUGCUAAGUUGCGCGGGCUGGACUGGGUAG